AGAAAAUUACCCUUUUCUUUAUGCUGAUUUUUAUCCUUUUUUUAUGGCUUUAAAACUGCUCAUUUUCCCUUUCUGUUGUUCCUCCCUUUUUGGCGUGUGCAAAAAUUCCUAAAAAACCCAUUGAAAAUAUUGAAUUCUAGGGCAUGUUGUUACAAACAGUAACAUUUAUGCUUUCUAAAACUCCAAUCUUUAUUUCACAAUUUUCCAUUUUGCAGGGUGCAUUUUACAGGAGAAUGAUUCUUGAAAAAAUGGUGGAUUACAGGGUUUUCUUCUAAUUUUUAGUAACUUGUUAAAGCUUUGUUGGUAAAUAUUUGAAUACCCAUCUUUCAUUUAUGUUGAAAAAUGCAAGCUUUGUCUUGUGAGUUGUAAUUUUCAACUUGAGGGUUUCUUGCUAUUUAUAUUCAAGAUUGCAUAUUUGGAGCUAUUAUGUUUCAAGAUCAUUAAGUAUGGAUAAAGAGAAGUGUGUAGGGGGUUUAAUGCCUCCAUCAGGAAAAUAUUCACUCUUUUCGCCUUCCGGGAGUAUUUUUAGUGUAAAGUCAGAGCCAUCAGGAUCAUCAAAUUUACCUCCUUUAGGGCCUGUACCUGCUUCAGAACUAAAAGCAAACCAAUUUAGUCAUGAUAUUAGUCGAAUGCCAGAUAACCCACCUAAGAAUUUGGGUCAUCGACGUGCCCAUUCGGAGAUUCUUACACUUCCUGAUGAUAUAAGUUUCGAUAGUGAUCUUGGUGUUGUUGGUGGACUGGAUGGACCGUCUUUGUCUGAUGAGACUGAGGAGGAUUUCCUCUCUAUGUAUCUUGAUAUGGAUAAGUUUAACUCUUCAUCUGCUACUUCUUCAUUCCAAGUGGGUGAGUCAUCUUUGGGCUCGUUGCAAGCUCCAGCGAUGGGUUUUACAGCUUCGAGGAUUGACAAUGUUACUGACGCUGUUAGUGAGAAGCCAAGAGUCAGACAUCAGCAUAGUCAGUCCAUGGAUGGUUCAACUACAAUCAAGCCGGAGAGGCUUAUGUCGGGUGGAGAAGAUCCAUCUUCAGCUGAGACUAAGAAAGCCAUGUCCGCAGCAAAGCUUGCUGAGCUCGCUCUUAUUGAUCCGAAACGUGCGAAGAGAAUUUGGGCAAACAGGCAGUCAGCUGCCAGAUCAAAGGAAAGGAAGAUGAGAUAUAUAGCAGAGCUCGAGAGGAGAGUGCAAGCUCUGCAAACAGAAGCGACUUCUUUGUCUGCUCAGUUGACCCUGUUGCAGAGAGAUACAAAUGGACUGAGUGCUGAAAACAAUGAACUUAAAUUGCGCUUGCAGACAAUGGAACAACAGGUGCACUUGCAAGAUGCAUUAAAUGAUGCACUUAAAGAGGAAAUACAACAUCUCAAAGUGCUAACUAACCAAGGCAUAGCAAAUGCUGGACCUAUGAUGAACUUUCCAGCAUCCAACAACGGAGGCAAUCAGCAAUUUUACUCUAACAACCAUGCAAUACAUGCGUUAUUGACGGCACAACAGCUUCAACAGCUCCAGGUACAUUCUCACAAGCAGCAACAUCAGUUUCAGCACCAUCAGCUCCACCAGCUUCAGCAGCAGCAACAGCAGGAACAACAGUUGCAGCAAGCCGGAGAUAUGAAAUUGAGAAGUUCAAGUUCAUCUGCUCAAAAUGACCAUGCUUCUGAUAACGGAAUGGAUUAAAAAGUGCAGAGAGCCAUUGCCGGACCAGGCAAUGAAGAGUUAGUGCAUGUUCGAGCUUUCAUGAUGUCAUAUAGCUCAGCUUUCUUUAGAUUAGCUUUCAUUAGCUACUCUCCUACAUUCUAGUGCUCCCCAGGGUCUUGGUGAAAUUGUAGUUGAAAUUAUGAAGCUACAUUCAUUUUGCAUGUCGUAUUUGACAUGGACUUGUUCAUAUAACCUGUAUCUUUAGGCUUAGUCCAUUUGUACUUAAAACAGUAAGCACCUACUGUGCUUUCAGUGUAACAUCUGUUCAGCAAUGGAGUCAAUGUGUUUGGGUGGUACCUCUGA